CUGUGCGGAGCGGCUGCGGCGCUGCCUGCUCGCUCCUUGGGAUUACCGUCGAGAGAGGCCGGGGAAGGUGCCCCCGCCCCGCGCCCGCCCAGCCCCGGCCCCCCGCCGCCUUUCCGAGCGGCGCUGGGGGGGGCCCGGGCGUCGCCCCCCGGGGCCCCCCCUUGCAGCCUGGUCCCAUGUGAACUGCCAGGCACGGCUAUGCUCGUGGGGAAAGCUCGCUCCGCCAAGCGAAGGUCCCGGCCGCUAUCAUGACUGAUGGCGAGAGCAGAGAGUCCUUCCAGCGGCUUGCCGGCGACGAGGUGCGGGUGCCCAUCGCCUCGGCCCCCGGCCACGACGAGGAUGCCCGCAGCGCCGGCCGCUCCGCGGCCGCCAGCCUGGGCUCCGGCAGCUCCCCGGCCCGCGACCCGGCGCACGACUUGGCCUCCGAGGAGGAGGAGCAGGUGCCUUACCCGGCCCUGGCACCCACCGCCUUCUUCUGCCUCAAGCAAACCACCCGCCCGCGCAGCUGGUGCCUCAGGCUGGUCUGUAACCCCUGGUUCGAGCAUGUCAGCAUGCUGGUCAUCCUCCUGAACUGCGUCACCCUGGGCAUGUUCCAGCCUUGCGAGGACGUGGAGUGCCAGUCGGAGCGGUGCACCAUCCUGGAGGCAUUUGACGACUUCAUUUUCGCUUUCUUUGCGGUGGAGAUGGUCAUCAAGAUGGUGGCUCUGGGGAUCUUUGGGCAGAAGUGUUACCUUGGAGAUACGUGGAAUCGCCUGGACUUCUUCAUCGUGAUGGCGGGCAUGAUGGAGUACUCUCUGGAUGGACACAACGUCAGUCUGUCCGCGAUCCGCACCGUCCGGGUACUCAGGCCGCUGCGAGCCAUUAACAGGGUCCCAAGUAUGCGAAUACUCGUCACCCUGCUGUUAGAUACUCUGCCUAUGUUAGGCAACGUCCUCCUCUUGUGCUUCUUCGUCUUCUUCAUCUUUGGGAUUGUCGGUGUGCAGCUCUGGGCAGGGCUGCUGAGGAACAGGUGUUUCCUAGACAGGAAUUUUGCAAUGACAUACAAUCUUACGUUCCUGCAUCCAUACUACCGGACAGAUGAAGCGGAGGAGAAUCCGUUCAUCUGCUCAUCCCAUCGUGAAAACGGCAUGCAGAAAUGCUCCAACAUCCCAAACAGGAAGGAGUACAAGAUGGAGUGCACCUUGAGCAUGGACUCCUACACUCCAAGUUUAUACAACCCUGACUUCAGCAGCAGGAAUGCCUGCAUAAACUGGAACCAGUAUUACAAUGUAUGCAUGGCAGGGGAUGUAAACCCACACAACGGAGCUAUCAAUUUUGAUAAUAUUGGCUAUGCCUGGAUAGCUAUUUUUCAGGUUAUAACCCUGGAAGGAUGGGUUGACAUCAUGUAUUAUGUGAUGGAUGCACAUUCUUUUUACAAUUUUAUAUAUUUUAUAUUACUUAUAAUAGUUGGUUCCUUCUUCAUGAUUAACUUGUGCCUGGUUGUGAUAGCAACACAGUUUUCUGAAACAAAGCAACGGGAGAACCAGCUGAUGCAGGAGCAGCGGGCCCGUUACCUCUCCAAUGACAGCACAAUUGCCAGCUUCUCAGAGCCAGGUAGCUGCUAUGAGGAGCUGCUCAAAUACAUCUGCCACAUCUUUAGGAAGGUGAAACGGCGGACAAUACGCCUGUACAACAACUGGCAGAGCAAGCGCCGGAAAAAAGUUAACCCGAACAGCACCACAAAUGGGCAAAGCCGCCGAGGCAAAAAGCGCAUCACCUCCAUUCAUCACCUCAUCCACCACCACCACCACCAUCACCACCACUAUCACAUCAGCAAUGGGAGCCCUCAGGGGCCACGCUCCAACCCUGAGAUCUGUGACCUGGAACUCAAGGUCAUGAAACCUGGAAGCCAACUGAUGCUUCCCUCUCCAUCACCCAAGUUGCAGAGCCCUGCUCCUCCUCCAGACUCAGAGUCUGUACACAGCAUUUACCAUGCUGAUUGUCAUGUUGAAGGACCACAGGUGAACUAUAAGUCUUCCAAUGCCCCCGCAAGCAUUAAACUGACCACAGGACUCUCCAACCACGGCAACAUGAACUAUCCUACCAUCCUGCCUUCUCCAACUAGCAAAGCCAGUUCUGUUCCAGUUCCCAAAGGAAAGAAGAAUGGUAAUUCACCUGUGGCCAUGGUUAAUAGCCCAGUAAAUUUGGGCACGGAUCCUUAUGGGAAGCUGCAGCAACUGGUAGGAGAGCAUGGUCUGCGGCGGACGCCCAGCCGGCUCUCGGGGCUGAGCGUGGCCUGCCCGCUGCCCGGCCCGCCGCUGGGCGGCACGCUGACCUGCGAGCUCCAGAACUGCCCCUUCUGCGCCACCAUCCUGCAGGACCCCGAGUUCGCCUUCACCGAGUCCGACAGCUACGACUCGGACAGCAACGGCGUCUACGAGUUCACCCAGGACCUGCGGCACGGUGACCAGCGCGACCAGCUCCAGCAGCAGCGGGGCCGGACGAGGAGGAGGAAGAAGCAGCAGCCCAAGGAGAGGAACAGAGUCGCCCGGCUCUGGAAAGCCUUCGGCAACAAGCUGAAAAGGAUCGUGGAGAGCAAGUAUUUCAACCGCGGGAUCAUGAUUGCCAUUCUGAUCAACACGCUGAGCAUGGGCAUCGAGUACCACGAGCAGCCAGAUGAAUUGACCAAUGCCCUGGAGAUCAGUAACAUCGUCUUCACCAGCAUGUUUGCCCUGGAGAUGCUCCUGAAACUCCUUGCCUUUGGCCUCUUUGGCUACAUCAAGAACCCAUACAACAUCUUUGAUGGGAUUAUUGUUGUCAUCAGCGUCUGGGAGAUCAUCGGCCAGUCGGAUGGAGGCCUCUCUGUGCUGCGAACUUUUCGACUGCUCAGGGUGCUGAAACUGGUGCGUUUCAUGCCUGCCCUCCGUCGCCAGCUAGUGGUCCUGAUGAAGACGAUGGACAAUGUGGCCACUUUCUGCAUGUUGCUCAUGCUCUUCAUCUUUAUCUUCAGCAUUCUUGGCAUGCAUCUUUUUGGAUGCAAGUUCAGCCUGAAAACUGAUACGGGAGACACAGUUCCAGAUAGAAAGAAUUUUGAUUCUCUGCUUUGGGCCAUUGUGACAGUCUUUCAGAUCCUCACUCAAGAGGACUGGAAUGUGGUCCUCUACAAUGGGAUGGCUUCUACGUCCUCCUGGGCAGCACUCUAUUUUGUGGCCCUGAUGACCUUUGGCAAUUACGUGCUUUUCAAUCUUCUUGUUGCCAUUCUGGUAGAAGGCUUCCAAGCAGAGGGUGAUGCCAAUAGAUCAGACACAGAUGAGGACAAGACAUCUGUCAAUUUUGACGAUGAUUUUGAGAAGCUGAAAGACCUCCGAGCAACAGAGAUGAAGAUGUACUCACUCGCCGUCACCCCAAAUGGACACUUGGAAGGCAGGGGGAGCAUGCCACCUCCUAUAAUUAUGCGCACUGCUGCCACACCUAUGCCCACGCCGAAGUGUUCCCCACACAUGGAUUCAGUGCACACUUUCGUGGACUCAAGGAGAGGGAGCAAUGCUUCACUAGACCCCUUGAGCUAUGAUCAGAAGUCCUUGUCUAGCCUUCGCAGUUCCCCUUGCACCAACUGGGGAACCAGCAGCAACUGGGGGAGCCGACGCUCAAGCUGGAACAGCCUGGGCAGAGCCCCGAGCCUCAAAAAGAAGAACCAGUCAGGAGAAAGAGAGUCCUUGCUCUCAGGAGAGGGGAAAGGCAGCACAGAUGAUGAGUCUGAUGAUGCAAAGUCCAGCACGGUCAGCAGGGCCUCACUGCACCGCCGAGCAGAGUCCCUGGACUACCGCAGCUCCCUGGACCUGCCUGAGCUGCUCCAGCUGCCUACCAUGCGCCACUCGCUCAGUAUCAGCCCUGUGGCCGUUCUACCUGCUGAGUACCAAGACUGCAAUGGCAAGAUGGUGCAUGUCCCCAGUGAGUUCUUCCUGCGCAUCGACAGCCACAAGGAGGAUGCACUGGACUACGAGGAUGACAUGGAGGAUAGUUACUGCUACCGGAUUCGUAAAGUCCUAGAGCCCUACAAACCAGAGUGGUGCAAGAAUCACGAAGAUUGGUCCCUCUACUUGUUUUCCCCACAGAAUCGAUUCCGAGUGAUGUGCCAGAAGGUCAUUGCCCACAAAAUGUUCGAUCACGUGGUGCUGGUCUUCAUAUUUCUCAACUGCAUCACUAUAGCGCUGGAGCGACCAGAUAUAGACCCACACAGCACGGAAAGGAUGUUCCUAAGUGUUUCCAAUUACAUUUUCACUGCAAUCUUUGUGGCUGAAAUGAUGGUUAAGGUGGUAGCUCUUGGCUUCUUCUCUGGGGAGAACACCUAUCUCCAGAGCAGCUGGAAUGUCCUAGAUGGAGUCCUCGUCUUUGUAUCUAUCAUUGACAUUAUUGUCUCCAUGGCAUCAGCAGGCGGAGCUAAGAUCCUGGGUGUUCUUCGAGUAUUGAGACUUCUGCGGACCUUGAGACCUCUCCGAGUCAUCAGCAGAGCCCCAGGUCUGAAGCUGGUGGUAGAAACCUUGAUCUCCUCCUUGAGGCCUAUUGGGAAUAUCGUUCUCAUUUGCUGUGCUUUCUUCAUUAUCUUUGGGAUUUUAGGGGUGCAGCUUUUUAAAGGCAAAUUCUACUACUGUGAUGGUCCUGAUGUGAAAAACAUCACUACAAAGACUGACUGCUCUAAUGCACGCUACAAAUGGGUUCGGAGGAAGUACAAUUUUGACAAUCUGGGACAGGCUCUCAUGUCCUUGUUUGUCCUCUCCUCCAAAGACGGCUGGGUGAACAUCAUGUACGAUGGUCUGGAUGCUGUGGGUAUUGACCAACAGCCCAUCCAGAACCAUAACCCUUGGAUGCUUCUCUACUUCAUCUCCUUCCUGCUCAUCGUCAGCUUCUUCGUGCUCAACAUGUUUGUGGGGGUAGUAGUGGAGAACUUUCACAAGUGCCGGCAGCACCAGGAGGCAGAGGAGGCCCGACGUCGGGAGGAGAAGCGGCUGAGACGCUUGGAGAAAAAGCGCAGGAGUAAGGAGAUAUACCUGUCUGAAGCCCAGCGCAGGCCUUAUUAUGCAGACUAUUCCCCAGCACGGAAGUACAUUCACACCCUCUGCACCAGCCACUACCUGGACCUCUUCAUCACAUUCAUCAUCGGGGUCAAUGUCAUCACUAUGUCAAUGGAGCACUACAACCAGCCGAAGUCCCUGGAUGAAGCUCUGAAGUACUGCAACUAUGUGUUCACCAUAGUUUUUGUGUUUGAGGCAGUUCUGAAGUUGGUGGCAUUUGGUUUUCGAAGGUUCUUUAAGGACAGAUGGAAUCAGCUGGAUUUGGCCAUAGUUCUUUUAUCAAUUGUGGGAAUCACGCUGGAGGAGAUUGAGAUGAAUGCUGCACUGCCCAUCAAUCCCACAAUAAUACGCAUCAUGCGGGUGCUGAGAAUAGCCAGAGUGCUGAAACUGCUUAAAAUGGCCACUGGGAUGCGAGCUCUCCUGGACACAGUGGUGCAGGCACUUCCCCAGGUAGGGAACCUUGGCCUUCUUUUUAUGCUCCUGUUUUUUAUCUAUGCUGCCCUGGGAGUGGAAUUGUUUGGCAAGCUAGACUGCAGUGAAGAAAAUCCCUGCGAAGGUUUGAGCCGACAUGCAACUUUCACCAACUUCGGUAUGGCCUUUCUCACCCUCUUCAGAGUGUCAACAGGGGACAACUGGAAUGGUAUCAUGAAGGACACUCUCCGGGAAUGCACCCGGGAAGACAAGCACUGCCUCAGUUACCUGCCCGUCAUCUCUCCUGUCUACUUCGUCACCUUCGUCCUCAUCGCACAGUUUGUCCUGGUCAACGUAGUGGUGGCAGUGCUGAUGAAGCAUUUGGAGGAGAGCAAUAAGGAGGCCAAGGAAGAUGCUGAGAUGGAUGCAGAAAUUGAGCUGGAGAUGUCUAGAGGAGCAACCACAUCAGCUGCUGGUGGGAGCAGAGGAGGCACGGUGGCCCUGGAGGGCAGAGCACCCUACAGAAGUCAGGACACCAUGAAGUCAGAGUCAGCAGUGCAAGCAAAGCACCAAGCCCUGGGCGGUACGGCUUGUCUGCAGCCACAGGACUCCCAGAACCUGCUGACGGUCCGCAAGAUCUCCGUUUCCCGGAUGCACUCCUUGCCCAAUGACAGCUACAUGUUCCGCCCUGUGAUGCCAGCAAAAGCCCCCUUCCCCCUCCAUGAGGUGGAGAUGGAGACGUAUCCCUGCAAAUCCCAAAGAGGGUCCAUCACCUCCAUCCGCUCCCAGCCCGUGGGAACAUGUUCCUCUCUGAGAGUCCCAACAGAGUCCUUCCAGCUGGCUACUCGUUCUCCCAACCAUGAAGGCCGCCACCGGUGGAAGAUCAUUCCCCCGCAUGUCGUACCUCGAUCUCCUACUCUCAACAAGCUGCUGUGCAGACAGGAGGCUGUUAGAACGGACUCCGUCGACGGGCAGACUCCGGACACCAAGGACAGCCUGCCAGCAGAGCCCGGAGAGACGCCACCGUCGGCCAAGCAGUCCCAAAGCACCUUCCCCCCCAGCCCGCUCCACCCCGCGGCUACCUCCCUGCCGAGCACCCCCCCGCGCUCCCCGCCGUGCUCCCCGCACCGGCACGCCGGCAUCCACACGCGCAAGCACCCCUUCGGCCAGCGCAGCGUCGCCAGCCGGCCGCCCAGCCCCACCGGCAGCCCGGCCAACCCCGAGAGCGACCUCUUCGAGUCCUCCGACCUGGCUGAUGAGGAGGUUAGCCACAUCAACAGCUCCGCCAAAGACUGGGGCGAGCACUCGGACGCUGGGAGCCGCUCGACUUCGCCCUUCAUCUCCCCGGCCCCAUCGCCAGUGCCCCUCAAGAACUGCAGCACAACUAGCCUGUCCCGGGGCAGCGGCAAAGAGAAGCACUUGAAGAAGUUUUACAGCAUCGACACGAAGGGCUUCCUGGCUAAGCCCAGCUGGGCAGACGACCAGAGGCGGCACUCCAUCGAGAUCUGCCCCUCCGUCGACGACGGAGACUGUAGCUUUGAAGAGGCUGCGGGGGGAAAGCAGUGGUCGCCUGCCCGUGCCCAGCCGGAGUCAGAGUACGUCCACGGAGCUCGGAGGAAGAAGAAGAUGAGCCCGCCCUGCAUUUCUAUAGAUCCUCCCAUGGAGGACGACGGCGGGGCGGCCUCCCGCACCAAACCCUCCGAGAACAGCAUGCUGCGACGAAGGACCCCGUCCUGCGAGUUCCCGGCCUACAGAGAGUCCCUGGAGCUCGCAGAGAGCCAGCCCGGGGACCCGACCUCCAAAGCGGAGCGCCGGGGCCAGCCCCCGUGCCGCGGGGAGCACCUGACCAUCCCCAACUUCUCCUUCGAGCAGUCGGACGGCGGCUCUUUGAGCAGCCUCUCGGAUCUCCUGCUGGACAGCGGCCAGUCCACGCCGUCCUCCGCGGACUCCCGGCCCGACCCCGCAGCCCCCGAACUCAAAAAGCCCGAUCACUUAAAAACUCAGCGGAGCAACCCGGAGAAAAGCAGGGAGCUGCCGGGCGCUGCCAGGAGCCCCCUUCGGAAGCAGGACUUGGCACGGGUGACUGUUGUGACAGAGGAGUACGUGGAGGAGCCGGUAUAGCUCCGCGAGAGGGGGGCACGGGGGGGUCUCAAGGGCUUGACACCAAUGUGGGUUUUGAAAACCGAAGGGACUGAGCAGCCACGGCUCCGUGGCCGAGCUCCCGUCGUUUGGGGGUUGGUUUUUUUUUUUUCCUUCUUUUUCGCAGUCACUUGUUCUUAAGCGCUGUGGAGGUUUGCAAAAAAACGAAAAAAAAAAAUUAAACAAACAAACAAAAAAAGAAACCAAACAAAUGACUGAGCGAAACGGUGACGGGUUUGGGGGCAGGGGGAGCGGGCUGGCGAGCGGUUUGGGGGUUUCUUUCUUAAAGGGAAGGUGGAGCCGUUUCCGGGGCUGCUUCACUCCUCCCUCCCCUCUACGUGGCCUCAAUCACAUUGAUUUGGGUUCGAAGUGGUGGCGGCUGGGAUUUGGGGGAUUCUCUUUGGAUUUUGCUGUUUUGUUGGGUUUUUUUUAAAAAAAAAAAAGAAAAAAGAAAACACGCUCAACUUUUAAAAAGGCACCUUUUAGAGAAGUCACAUUAUGUGGGAGUGCCCAGGAGAUGGGAGCUGUACAUGUCUGUAUAUCAGCAGUUAUAUAAAUAGAAAUAAUGUAUUUGUGAAAUACAAAACAAGGAAAAAGACAAAAAAAAUACACCCACAAAAACUCUCUCAUAAUGCACAUAUUUUUAUAGAGAAACUCUACUGUUUUUUGCAUUACAUGUGACUCCGCAACUGGGUGGUGUUUCCUUGGGUUUUAUGUGGAACUGGUUAUUACGGCCGUUCGUUUUCCAAAUGUUUCUCUACUUUCUUUGUUUUCAUUUCUAUCCUUCCCUCUCUUCCUCCAUCGGCAUCCUGCCAGCUUCUUUUCACAGCUGAUGCUUUAGAUGUCUCUCUCAUUUUCCUUUUGUACUUUAGAGGUUGUCCUAACUACAGGAAAAGGGAAAAAAAAAAAAAAAAAAAAAAAAAAAAAUCACUACUGAACUGUAGCCAGUGCAAUAAUAAGUUAUUCAUUCUUCUUGUCUGUACAACUGUCCUUUUUCUCUUUUUUCUUUUUUUUUUCCUUUUUUAACUGAAAUUCAGGUUAAAUGUUGCAAUAAUCUGAACUAACAUGCACAAACAAGGUUUCUUGUGUUACAAAAAAAAAAGAUUUAAAAAAAGGAAAAAAAUUACAGAGAGAUUAAAAAAACAAAACAAAAAAUAAAUAGUAAAUUAUUUAAGAAAUGUAUUUUGUCUACUGCAGUUCAAAGUAAAUUAUUGAUGCAAUAUGUAAAGGUAUAAAGCGCUGUCUUAGGUGAUGUUCGUUGUGAGCAUUUAUGCUAACGGUCUGUUCGCCUCAUAGCACAACGCCUUUGAAAACUAGGUGACCCCAGGAACUGUCUCGUUUGCAGCCGGUCCCUCCGCCGUCCCUCCGCACGCAGACGCGCUUGCACCCCGCGGCCCCCCCGGGGCCGCGUCAGACUGAGCAGCCUCUAGAGGAACCCAACAGCCACCGCUCGUUUCCUCCCUCUCUCUUUUAUUUAUUUAUUUUUUUUUUUUGGCUUUGGGGGUUUAUUUUUAUUGUUUUACCCCAGCCCCCACUCCGGUCCCUGCCCCGGCCUUCCUCCAGGCCCUCUCACCGUGUGACAGCUUCACCGCGGCAAGCUGAUGCUUAGCGCGAGCCGCGAGCGGCCCGGGACGCCCCCGUCUACCAGCUAACCGGGCAGCAGCAGCCAAAAGACGGAAACAAAACAAAACGAACAUUUUUUUUUAAUCGUUUUUGUUUGGUUCCUUCCAUGCCGCCUCAUAUUUAUGCAUUCACAUAUAUCUUCUGUUAUUUAUGCAUUCAUUACUCAAAAGGAAAUGUA